ACCAAUCAGCGGGGAAGGGGGAGGAGCUACAGAACCAGUUUUAGGCAGUGACAAACAGUUGCGCUUUCUUCCUCAUUCAGUCCUUUACAGCUUGUGUUGAAGAGAACAGUUAUUCUCUUUAAAGAGUAAGCGCCACCAUGACAAAGGACCCCAAUAAGCCCAGAGGGAAGACCUCUGCCUACGCCUUCUUCGUUGCAACCUGCCGCGAGGAGCACAAAAAGAAGCACCCAGGAACCAGCGUCAACUUCGCAGAGUUCUCCAAGAAGUGCUCAGAGAGAUGGAAGACGAUGUCAGCCAAGGAGAAGGUGAAAUUUGACGAGAUGGCCAAGAACGACAAGGUCCGCUAUGACCGAGAGAUGAAGUCCUACGUUCCCCCGAAAGGAGCCAAGAAGGGCAAGAAGAAGAAGGACCCCAACGCACCCAAAAGACCUCCCUCCGCUUUCUUCGUCUUCUGCUCCGACCACCGUCCCCGGAUCAAGGAGGAGCAUCCCGGCAUCUCCAUCGGUGACAUCGCCAAGAAGCUGGGCGAGCUGUGGGCAACGCAGGGCACCAAGGACAAGGCGCCCUACGAGGCCAAGGCCGCCAAGCUGAAGGAGAAAUACGAGAAGGAUGUGGCCGCCUACAGAGCCAAAGGCGGCUCAGGGAAGAGUGACGCCGGGAAGAAGAGUGGCCCUGGCCGGCCCCCAGCCAAGAAGGUCCAGCCUGCCGACGAUGACGAUGAUGAUGACGAAGAUGACGAUGAGGAGGAGGAUGACGAUGAUGAUGACGAUGAUGAUGAAUAAGUGUCAUGUGAAAGGAUGUGAAGUUUGCGAUGCAUUGUUCAGCUUAAACCCGUUUCUUUUGUGUG